UCGGCGCGCCCCUGCCCGCGGCCUCCCCGCCCCCAGCUUUGAAAGAUGCCUCUCCUCGGAGCUCGCCUACCGGUCGGCGGAGCAGGAAGUGGCGUCAGAAGGCCAUUUUUAAAGCCUCCUGCGGGCCUCGGAGUGUUGCCUGGAAUAUCAGAGAAUUGGAAGAAAUCCUACUCUGGGGCCAUGAACCUACUGUGGCAGUGUAUAAAAAAGGAUAAUUAAGUAUGCUCCCAGAGAGUAGCUUCUUUUCUUCUAAUCCCAAAAUAUGUUGAAGGAUGCCUCUUAAGAAUUUCAUCACGUGAAGUCUUUCUGAAUUUCCAUGGACUCUUUCUAGAAAUGCAGAUAAAGAUGAUGAAGGAUCUUGGACAGCAGUUCUAUACUCCGCAAGUGAAUGACAGACAUAAUUCCUUGACCAUGGCCCCCAAGCAGCCCAGUGCUGAUCGAAUGACUCAACCAGAUGGACAACAAGUUCAAGCCCUUUUGUAUCAAAGCUCAGAGACCGAGGCUGCCGGGAUGACCAUUGCUACAUGUGUGAAAUGCAGAAGUGUUCACAAAGUCCCUCUUCAAGACUUGAGUACUGGACAAAGCCAAAAGGAAGACAGGUACAUCUGUUUCACAUGCAGCCUUGCUGUGCCGCCUCCUCGUUUUCAUUUUGUGAACAGUAACUCCAGUGCUGCUCACGUAGGAAAUAAAAUUGAAGCCAUCUCCAGCUCUGUCAGUAAUAAAUUUAAGGUAAGGAACUUUAAGCCCGGCAAAUACUAUUGUGAUAAAUGCCGAUUUUCCACCAAGGACCCUCUGCAGUAUAAAAAGCACACACUUCAACACGAAGAGAUCAAAUUCAUUUGUUCUCACUGCAGCCACAUUUCAUAUACAAAAGGAGAGUUUCAGAGGCAUUUGGUGAAACACACAGGCAUAUUCCCUUAUCAGUGUGAGUAUUGUGACUAUGGUGCUAUCAGGAAUGAUUAUAUUGUCAAACACAGGAAGAGAGUGCACGAGAAGGCGGGUGCUAAACGGCCACCCAAAGCUGCUGCCAAGUUGGAGCCAAAAAGAACCAGCACAUCCAAACAAAACCCAGAGCUUUUAAAAGCUUCCACCCUGAGUACUGCAUUUCAAAACAAAUUGUCUGAUCAACUUUCAAGAUUCUCCCUCCACGCAAAUAAAGACAAGAUGCAUAAUAUCAUGCUGAUACCAGAAUCAAUGGAGUACCAAAAAGAUGUAGUGUGUAUUCCAAAUAAAAUGCCCCUGUCUGAGCCGACUGACCUCAGUCUGUUUGAGAACAAAAACGUUGAGGUAGAAGUGUUAUCCCCCGCAAAAGAGCCCGUCCAGCCAGGCGUGCCGUUAACAGUUGUAGCACCAGCAGAGCUCGUUGUCCCUGCAAACUGUCUAGCCCAGUUGAUGGAUGUGAAGGUUGUCAAUGGGACACAGCAACUUGUUCUGAAACUGUUUCCUCUGGAAGAAAACAGUUGCCUUGAAGCUGGUGGCGGAGAUGGAGGUAAUUCUGAACGUAGGACGAAAGAGAAGGUUUCAGGUGAACAAGAAAAAACAACGUCUUCAGAGCAAACAAAGCCACUAAUGAUUGAGGGGAAUGUUGGAAAACUUGGAGGCUUUGAUAACCUUCAAUCUUCAGUGCACAAACAACUUAAAAAUGUGAAAUGGGUAAAGUCUUACGAUUUCUUCAUGGCAAAUUCUAGUGUGUACAGCCAGGGAGAAUCCUUUCUAAGCCCGAAUAGAUUCAAGGAUUUGCAGAAAAAACAUAAUUUGUAUCCACCUAGAACUGUACCUUCUUCCCUUGCCUUAAAAGGUCAUUCUCCAUCAUCUGUAGUAAAAACCAAUGUUUUAUGUGGUCUUGGAACUGCAUCAAACCCUUUUCCAUAUAAGACUGCAGCUUCUUUUCCUGACGGUGGACGGAAUUUACACAGCAACUCACAGCCGUUGUUUCCUCUUGCUGUACCACCUGCGGCCAUUUCCUUCUGUGGAGAAAAGGGCUUAUUGCCUGUAAGUGAAAAUAACUUUGAAUCUAGAAGUGAGAUCAGUAUUCCUUUAAAAAUGGUUUCCUCUAAUAGGAAGCUGAAAGACAGCCAGACAGAGGCAGUUUCAAAUAUAGGCCAGGUCUCCUCUCAACAUAAAACUGAAUAUCUGCACAUAAACAUAGCUGGAGACGACAGAAGCAGAUCUCAGCAACCCAGGGAGAAGCCUUUGGAAUUAAAGAAUUCUGAAAGAAAUAGUGACUGUUUUGAUGGCCCGGUCAUCUCAUCAGUAUUUUCUCUGAGCUCUGGAUCUGAAAACGUUCCUGAAGGCAUCAAGUGGAAUAGUUCAACUUCCAAAAUAAAGUCAAUUGAACUGUUACGCAGAAAGAUAGCUCAGUUAAUUGAGUCCUGUGGCAAGCCUUCAAGUUUGGCUGCAAACAGUGCACACCGUCGUUCUGUAGGGCAGGCGUCGAAGGUGACUUCGAAAGCUACCUCUGAAAGUAUUCAAGAAAUUAAUGUAUCAUUCCCUGACUCUGGCUAUUCCACAAGUACUCCCCCAAAAUCUCAGGAUGAUGGUAGUAUUAGUGGACAGCUUAUUCAUGAGCAAAUAUACCCACGGUUUAUAGAUGGCAGUGAUGGGAAGAGUGAAAACAGAAUGACCAGGCAGGCUCAUGUCGCUGCUCCGGUGUUGAUCCCCAAAGGGGCUGUGUUGAGGGUUCUUAAUUCCUCUGAGGAUGCCCACAUUAUAGAGGCUACCUGUGAAGCACCUGUCAGCAUACCUGACAGUGAAACACAGCUAAUAAAACCUGUUCCGUUCUGCCCUAUGAAACAGACUGACUCAGAGAUACCGACAAAUGAAAGUGGGCCAAUAGACAUGUCCCAGAACCUGGAGACAUCUCUCCGGCCUAAGCCAAAAAAAGAGAGUGCUGCCUGUACCACCACCCCUAGGAAAGCUGCCCUCCUGCACGGGCAGCAAGGAAGCAGUGAAUUGAGUAAGCAAGGGAAACAGUUUUCCAGAAAUCUUCCCGUAAAUCGAAAUAAAGUCAAACAAGUAAACUCAUCCAGGAAGAAGAACAAAAUUCAGGCCGAUCCCAGCCGCUAUCUCAAGGAUCCUUCCAUGUUUCAGGUUGCAAGACAGCUUCGACUUAGAGCAGCUAAACCAGACCAGUUGAUCAAAUGCCCCCGUCGGAACCAGCCGGUCAUUGUGUUGAACCACCCCGAUGUGGACUCACCGGAAGUGACCAAUGUGAUGAAGGUCAUAAACAAGUACAAAGGCAAUGUCCUCAAAGUCGUCUUAUCAGAGAGGACCAGGUGCCAGCUGGGCAUCAGAAGGUAUCACAUGCGGCUCACCUACCAGAAUGCAGAGGAAGCCAAUCAUCUAAAAAGGCAAAUGAUGCUGAAAAUGAAACUUAAAAAAGUUCAUAAGAACAACUACCAGGUGGUGGAUUCCCUGCCCGAUGAUGCAUCGCAGUGUAUAUUUAAGUGCUGGUUCUGCGGGCGCCUGUACGAAGACCAGGAAGAGUGGAUGAGUCACGGCCAACGACACUUGAUAGAAGCCACGAGAGAUUGGGAUGUGCUUUCUUCCAAGGGCAAAUAAUAAGUAAAAAAAUUGGUCUUUGAAGCAAA